CGUCGUGCUAGAACGACAUUUACACGUGAUCAACUAAAAGAUCUGGAGUCGUUGUUUGAGAAAACGCACUAUCCUGAUAUAGUUGCAAGAGAAGAGAUUGGGCAAAAACUAGGCUUAUCUGAGGCAAGAAUUCAAAUUUGGUUUCAGAAUCGCAGAGCACGUUGGCGUAGAAAAGAA